AUGCCAUCAGAGGAGUUGGUACGAGGGAUGCUGUACCUGUCCCUGACUGCGGUGGGCAUCCCUGGUAACCUGGCGGUGAUCCUGGCAUUUCUGUUGGUGCUCUACCACGACAAUCGUCUGCUGGCAGCUGACGCCAUCGUGCUCCACCUGGCGUGCGUCAACCUAAACGUGGUGGCGGUGCGCUGCCUCCUGGAGACGCUGGCGUCCUUCCACCUCGCUGACAUCUUUAGCGACGCUGGCUGCAAAGGCGUCAUCUUCAUCUACCGCACAUCACGCUCCCUCUCCAUCUGGCUCACCUUCAUCCUUAGCGCCUAUCAGUGUCUGAGUGUGGCUUCCCCCGGCUCAUGUUGGGCCACCGUCCGUACCUUGGUGGGCCGCUACUUGGGCCUUGUGUUCUUCGUCCUUUGGCUGAUCAACACCUGUAUGUCCUCUGCCGCCGUUCUCUUUUCCACCGGGGCAAAGAACACGUCCGCCUCGGCCCGCUACGGUAUAAAUGUGCAGUUCUGCUUCGUCAACUUCCCAUCCAAGCACUCCAAACAGGUCAACGGGGCGUUUCAGGUGGGCAGAGACGUCGUGCCUAUGGCUCUGAUGACCCUCAGCAGCUUUGUCAUCCUGCUGUUCCUCUAUAAGCAUGGCCAGCAGGUGAAGGGCAUACGGAGCAGCUGUGGUUCGGAACGGAGGGCGGCCAAAGCCGUGGUGACCCUUGUGACCUUGUACGUGGUCUUCUAUGGUGUAGACAACGGGCUUUGGGUGUACACGCUCACCCUGAGGAAGACCAUGAGAAGCUCACUGGUGUCUGACCUCCGAAUCUUUUUCUCGUCGCUCUACGCCACGCUCAGCCCACUCAUCAUAAUUGCGUACAACAGGAAGGUUAAUGCCAGACUCGGCUGCGGCGUGAGAGUCAAAGUAGUCAAGGAGACGGCCAUAACUAUGUCCACCGUUUCAGUAACUGCCGUGGAAAGCAAAAGUAUGUGA